UGUAUUGCCUCGAUUGCCUCGUUGUCGUUUCCACACUUCCACACCGCGUUGCACCCCAAGACUGAAAUAUUUUUCUCCUACGCGUCCUACCUCGUACCAUUAGCUCUCUCGACGUCGUUCGUGCAUCUCCAACGAAUCCAGAAGAACCUCCAGUUCAGUGGACGUAAACUCCAUUUUAUACAUUUAACCACUGAAUUUAUUGUAAUUCAACAAUGAGAGUCACCGGACUUUUCAUUUUACUCUCCUGUUUGGCACUGUCCUUGGCGGAGAUUGAGAAAGAGGAUGAGGUACUUGUCGUUGGGAAGGACAACUUCGAUGAGGUAUUGAAGGACAACGAGUAUGUUCUCUUCGAAUUCUAUGCCCCAUGGUGUGGACACUGCAAGGCUCUCGCCCCAGAGUACGCCAAGGCGGCUCAAAAGCUCAAAGAGCAAGGAUCAGACGUGAAGCUUGCCAAAGUGGAUGCAACUGUCGAGUCAGAGCUCGCUGAGAAACACGGAGUCCGUGGUUACCCCACUCUGAAAUUCUACAGGAAAGGCUCGAUGAUUGAAUACACGGGUGGACGUCAGGCUGACGACAUCAUCUCCUGGGUAACCAAGAAGACUGGACCAGCAGCGAAACCCUUGGCCACAGCCGACGACGUAAAAGCUUUCACUGAAGCCAGCACCGUUGCAAUCGUCGGUUUCUUCAAAGACCCAGAGUCUGACAAAGCUAAAACAUACACGGAAGUUGCAAAUGCCGUUGACGCUUAUGUCUUCGGUAUCGUGAGCAGCGAAGAUAUCUUUGGAGGAUACGAGGCUGAAGAUGGAGCUGUCAUUCUUUUCAAGAACUUUGACGAGGGCAAAGCUGUAUUCGAGGGUGAACUAUCCUCUGAAAAUCUCCAGAAGUUCAUCGCCAAGAAUUCUCUUCCACUCAUCGUUGACUUCAACCAGGACACCGCGCAGAAAAUCUUCGGCGGUGAAAUCAAGAGUCAUCUCCUUCUGUUUAUAAGCAAAGAGGCUGGUCACUUUGACAAGUACGUGGAGGCUAUCAAGGUGCCUGCUAAGAAAUUCAGGGGUGAAGUUCUGUUCGUUACCAUCAAUGUCGAUGAGAAUGACCACGAGAGAAUUCUGGAAUUCUUCGGAUUGAAGAAGGAUGACGCACCUGGCAUGAGGAUCAUCAAGUUGGAGGAGGACAUGGCUAAAUACAAGCCUGAGAAUCCUGACCUCAGCGCUGAUAACGUACUCGAAUUCGUUAGUGCAUUUGUCGAUGGUAAACUCAAGAGGCAUCUCUUGACUGAGGCACUUCCUGAGGACUGGGACAGCAAGCCUGUCAAGGUACUCGUUGGCACCAAUUUUGCUGACGUCGCCAUGGACAAAAACAAGAAGGUUCUCGUUGAGUUCUAUGCACCAUGGUGUGGUCACUGCAAACAGCUCAUUCCAAUUUAUGAAAAGCUUGGAGAGAACUUCAAGGACACCGAUGAUGUUGUCAUUGCCAAGAUGGAUGCCACUGCUAAUGAACUUGAGGAAGUCAAGGUCAACAGUUUCCCAACUAUUAUUCUGUACAAGAAGGGCACAAAUGAGGCUGUUGAAUACAGUGGUGAGAGGACACUGGAAGGUCUGACCAAAUUCGUCGAGUCUGAUGGUACUUAUGGCCAAUCCGCUGAGGAGGCCCAAGAGGAGGACGAGGAUGACGACGUGCCAAGAAAGGACGAACUUGGAUCAAGGGAUGAUAAAGGGACCAGAGAGGGAAAUUUGCUAUUAUUGCUGCAAUUUAUGGAAUUUACCGUGACAUCAACUGAAAAUGUCAGGAAAAUAUUACAGGCCGAAUGCGAUGCCGCAAAUUUUGUUCUGCGUCCUUGGAUCGUCGAGAGUCUGGUGACUCAAGAAGUUGAUGAAAACUGUUGCACUUGUGCUCCAAUUCCGGAUGCGAACACUCAGGCAGAAGAAAUCGCUAGUUCAAUUGAAAAGGCUUUGGGUCAAGCUCAGAGAUUUCGAGAGGCCAUGUCUCUAAAAACUGCAGAGGCCAAACGAAAGAAUUCGAAACCCACCCUGCAACAAAUAUAUUCAACAAAUAAUCUCAAAUCAAAAUCAAAAAUUAUGAAAGAAAAGGAGAUUGACAAUGAAGCCAAAUCAAAAAAUUUUAUCGCCAGAAACAAAAUGAGUGUUCGAAACAUGAGUUCUAAAAAUUCAAAAUCCAAUAACGACCUGAGGAGUGCAGGGAGUAGCAAAAAUAAUUUGAGGACUAAAUCUAGUCAUCAAACAGCGCAUCAUCACCUUCUUUAGAGUCACCAAGUAAAAAUUGUCGAGUCCAUGGUGAUAAUCAAGAAAGGACAACCAUACAAUAACAAAAUGGACUGCGAACACGUGUACAGUAAAACUCGUUCGCUAUUUGGUAAAUGGUGUAAUUUUUCUGAGCACGAUAAGAUCGAAGUGGAUGUUAAGAGUGAACCUAAUUUCAUGAAGGAAUAUAUAAGGCUCGAUCCUGUCACCCAGGAGACGCAAUUCAGUAGAAAAUUUGCAGUACACGAGGUAAAUACGACAACUGCUACCUUUAAAGAAUCUGGACAGCACCAUGUGGAGGGUGGAUGGCCCAAGGAUAUCAACAUGCAUGAUCUGGAGCAAACUGUUCGUUAUCGAAGGAAAGUCGAAAAAGACGAGCUUUACAUUCACACAAUGUUGCAAUUACUUCCACCCAUGGAGCACACGAUUCUUCAGAACAACGCCUGUAAUAUUUACGAGCAGUACUUCCAAGACGAGGAGAUUACACCACUGAUUCAAAGAACAUUUUCAAGAACAGUGAAUGUUUAUCGGGACAUCGUACCCCUGAAGAGACCAAUCACUCAUCUUUCUUGGUCACCCGAUCAGGGAAAUCGAUUAGCCGUCAGUUAUUGCGACACAGAGUUCAGAAAAUCAAAAAUUUUUAGCUGCAAUUCAUAUAUCUGGGACGUUGACAACCCGAAUACACCAUUUAUCACUCUGAGACCCUCAUUUCCAAUAGUGACGAUGGAUUACAGCCCCAAGGACAGCAAUAUCUUGGUGAGUGGUUUGAUGUCAGGUCAAGUAGCAAGUUGGGACAUCCGAAGAGGUGUUGAACCCGUCGAAAUGAGCCUCCCAGAGAAUAGCCACCGGGAUCCAUGCGACAAAGCCUUGUGGAUUAAUUCGAAAACUGGAACUGAAUUCUUCAGUGCAUCCCGAGACGGUCAGAUCAAGUGGUGGGAUACUAGAAAGCUUCAAGCACCAAUAGAAUCAUUAGUCAUUGAUUUAGUUAAACCAGAGGAGCAGAACAUAGAUCGUGCCACAGGAAUUUCAGCUCUGCAAUUCGAAUCAUGUACAUUUACUCAUCCGGUUUUCUGUUAUUUUUCUCUUUUGGGGCCUGAAGGAAUGGUGAUAUCGGGUAACAGAAAGGGAAAAACACCAGGAGAAAAAAUAGCAACGAGAUUUAGAGCACAGUAUGGCCCGAUUGGACAGCUCGAGUGUGGUCUGAGGAUUGUCGAGAGGCUUGUAUCACCUGGACCCCUAUUUUUCCUCACAAAAAUGGACGGCACCCUGGACGUUUGGGAUCUCCUAGUGCAGCAGGACUCCCCAGCAUUGAGCAUAAAAGUCUGCGAUGAAGCCUUGACAUGCAUAAAACCCCACGAGCACGGCCACUUAGCCGCAGUAGCUGGAAAAAAUGGAACAACAUAUUUAUUGGAAUUUUCAGAAGCACUUACUGUCAAUGGGAAGAACGACAAGCUUCUUCUUACUGCGCUACUGGACAGAGAAACUCGUCGUGAAAAAGUGAUAGAAGCUAAAAAUCGGGAGAUUCGAUUGAAAAUGCGAGCGACUCGUGUUGAUGCCGAUGGAGAUGGCCCCGAUGGAAGAUCACGGAGAGAAUCUGCGAGACCCAAGUCAACGGAUCCAUUAAUUAAACAAUGCGAACAAGAAUAUGAGUCUGCAAUUGAAGCUUUUCUCAGUCAUCCCCCCAUCAUGUCACGAAAAUCUCGAAAUCCCAGUGAAGAUGAUGAUUCUAAUCGACGAGGUAAACUCGGUGAAUUCAGUAACAAAAUGGAGCGUAUGUUUCGUGCAGCUUUUAAAAAAGAUUCGAACACCUCAAGUCAAACAGGACAACAGCUAAAAUCACUCGAGUCGGAUAUUGAGGAAGAACGAAAAAACGAAAGUGUCUCUUCUCCUUCGAGAAAGAUUGGAAAAUCCACCGGGAAAUCCGAGGUUUUCGAUAGCUCAGACAUCUCAUCAGACCUUGAUACUGGCUCCCAAACAAAUCUGGUGAAAAUCGAUAAAAUAUCGGAUCUAUCCGACGAGAAAAUGGAGAAAUCGGUAUCAGCGACUCGCAGAUUGCGCCAAUUAAAAAGAUCUCGACAUGUUCGUUCGAAUGAAUUAGAGCCGAAUUCGAUGGAUGUUGUUGUUGAUAUUCAUUGUGAAAAUGUUAACAAUAGUGAUAAAAACCGGGGUGAUGGGAACGGGCGAGAGACGAUCGAGAGUUUAUCCGAAACAGAAUUAGAGAAAACGUCCAAUCAGGAAAAUUUAAAAGUGCAUGAACGAACUUCAUUCGAUAAUUCAGGGGAUUCGGUUAAAAAACAGAGGAAACGAUGGUCUAAAGAAGCUAGUGUCAUAAAGUUGCCUUCAAGAACUUCUUUAUCAUCGACAUCAGCCCGAAGUACUUCCUGGAGAUCUCUGAACGACGAAGACACGGUGGUUCCAGUUCCAGCCCCUAGAAUGAACAAAAUUGUGAAUCUUCAAGAAGAGGAUUCCGACCUGGGAGUCGAUAAUGCCGCCUUCGAGUCAGAUCACGAAGUCGAUGAAAUCCUGAGGAUUGAAACGAGUCACGGAGUCUCAGAGCGAACAGAAAUCGAGAUGCGAUCGGUGGAAAAUACAACCGAUUCAUUAGACUCCUCUGCGCAGAUUUUAAAUUCCCCGGGAAUCGGGAAAUCCCCGAAAGCCGACAGGAAGUCACAGCCUCGAGGCUCUAAGUCUGAAGACAUUGAACGAGUGCCGAAAAAAGUGAAAUCGUUUGCAUCGGAGAGUCCAUCGAUCGAUCACUCUGAAGACAGUGUCUCAUCGAUAAAUCGACAAAGAAAAGUCAAAUCGAGAAGCAGAUUGAGAACUAAAAAGAACGAUAAAAAAUCGAUUGAGUCAAUUAAUAAUGACAAUCAGACUGAAGACUCCGAGCGCUCAUCCGAUCUUUCGCGAUCGAGGAGACCUGCACGAAGAAAACAACUAGAGACAGUAGAAAAAGAAGAGAAAAUCUCUUCAGAAGAUCCGGAUGUCACUCCAAAAAUAUCGAAAAUAAAAGGAAAGAGAGAGACCUCAUCCUCAACUCUAGAUUCAGAAAAUACAGUUCUCUCCAAAAAGGAAAAAUCCAGAAAGCCAAAGAAGAAGAAGAAAAGGAAGGAAUUUAAAUUUACAUCUGUAAAAAUUCAUAAAGCAGAUAUGCUAGAGCCUGAUUACGUAACUAGACAUCCCAUGGUAAUUGUUCAUAUCGUAAACACGAGUACCGGAGAUUAUUUGAAAUUAGAAGGGCCUGAGGGGACCGGAGGGCUUUACCUCCAGCCAUUAAUCACUGGGACCUUCGAUUUCAAAGAGAACAAGUCGAUGGUGCCAUAUUGGGAUGAAGAAUUGAUAUUUGAAAUAAAUUUCGAGACUCUGAUGGGCACUGAUGAGGAUCAAGUGCUGAUUUUGUUUGAAAUAGUGGAUUUGCUCAGUUUUGCUGAAGCCAGUCAGAGCUACGAGCAAUUCGGGGCAGAGAAUUGCUGGUAUAAAAUUGCCUGGGCUUUUCUGAAACCGAUCGGAAAGGAGGGGAGGUGUCAUUUAAAUAAACAAUUAAGACUGCAACUGUAUAAGCCGAAGAGACUUGUGCGAAAAGUGAUGAGACACAAGUGCGAGGUGUUCGGAUGGUGGAAGUCCGUGGCCCGUGAAAAAUACCCGAGUUCCUUAUACAUCACGAUAACAUCAGUCUCACCACCGAAUAUAGAACCUGUUUUUUACGAUCAACUCCUGAUAAACGAUCUGCCGUCAUCUCCAUCGGUGAAAAAAUCUUCUCCCACUCCCGAGCCCGUUCACCUGCCAAAAUGGAGCCGACUAGCAGCUCAAUCCUGCAAAAUUCCCAAUGACCAGUAUUUUACAACCGAAACUGGUGAGAACGGAUGCUUCUACAUCCUGAUCAGCAACAACGGAAUGUACCUGGCGUGCGUUAUCUCCGAAGAGUACGACUACCCGAUUGUUAUCCAUAAAAUCGAUGAGAUGAAAGUCUUCGCGAGAUUCACCGGUCACAAGAGCUUCGUCUACUCCCUGGAUUGGUCCCAGAAUGAUGAUUAUCUCUUAUCAGUCUCAUCAGACCAAACCGCUCGUGUCUGGGACGUUAAAAAUCGACUAGUCCAUCACAUCUUCAUGCUUCCUCAUCCCUCUUACAUCUACUCCGGUAAAUUCAAUCCGUCCCCAGAUCUUCAGACAAUUGCAACAGGUUGUUACGACCACUUCAUCCGAAUCUGGGGAAAAUCCUCGUCAUCCUACGAGCUUCUUCAAGAGCUCGAGGGACACGAGGGCUUCGUCAAUUCCAUCUGCUUCCAGAAGAACGAGAUGUUGCUGACUGCUGAUAGCGUUGGAGUAAUCAUCCACUGGACUAUUCGGAAGAGCCGAAGGAAUGCGAAUAAAGACUGGACGAUCUCUAGGAGAAUUAAAAUAAAAGAAAUUGAAGGGGUUCCUAUCAACACUAUUGCUCUGCAUCCUCUAGGCUCUCGCCUGUUGGUUCACUCCAGGAAUAAUUCACUGAGGAUGUUGGAUCUUGCUACUGGUGUUGUAUUGCAGAAAUACGAUGGCCUGAAGAAUCUCAGGAUUCAAACAGCUGCUAAGAUAUCUCCAUGUGGAGGACUUGUACUUUGUGGCGGUGAGGAUGGGGUUCUUAAUAUCUGGAGUGUUGAAUCAGGAAAGAAAAUUGCUGUUUAUCAGACUCAACCGAAGAAUGUACCUGUCACAUGUGUGGAUUAUCAUCCUUAUGAUCAUGUACUCGUUUAUUCGACAUUUGGGGCGCCUUCUGGUGCUGUUGUCCUCAAGUUUGAUAAGAAUUCUAGUGGGGAAGGGGUCGGGUUGAAGAUUUUGAGUGGAGAUCCUGAUGGAUCCGUUAAAUCUACUUCAGUGGCUGGGAAUAAAGGAAAUUCUGGUAGGAGAUUUUCGGUGGGGGCUGUGAGGUCUCAGAAGAGUUAUCCGAUGACGGCAGAAUCUUCGGGGACUGGAAGGGAUGUGGGUUGUGGAAGUCGUGAGGACUUGAGGAAGAGGCUGAAGAUGUUUAAUGAGACUGAAGGAGAAUUGAAGACUAAGAGUGCUAAUAGGUUGACGAAUAUUAUCGCGAAGAUUGAUCGAAUCCUGUCGAAUAAUUCUAGGUUGAAUUACGAUGUCGAGGCGAAUGAAGUGAACACUCCUGGGGAUGAGGCUCCUAGGGUCAUGCCGUUCGUUCCUCCGUUGUUCUCGACUUUCGAUGAUCAAGAAUCUAAGUCCAGUGAAAUAUUCGAGAUGAUGAGUGUUAAGGGACGUAGUUAUGAGAAACGAAAAUUGAAGAGUGCUCCAGUUGAAACGAUGUCUAGGAAAGCAGAGGAGGAAGUUAGGACGGCUUUUUCGGAUGGCGUUGUUAAUUCCAGAGGAAGAAGUGACCGGGAAUCAUGGGAUUUUAUCAAUUACAGAUCUGAUAAGCGCACACUGGAAAGGGAUAAACAUGAAGAGAGUAGUGGAGAGAGUGGAGGGACUUAUCUGGUUGAGAUUGAAAAUCCAGAGGAAAGGAGAGUGGAAAGCGAGAGCUCUGUGAGGAGUGAUGCCACUUUUGUUGUGGAGAAUGAGAAAAAUAAUUAAUCAUUAACAAAUAAU